UGGGGGGAGGCGGGACCUGCAGCGCGAGACCAACUGUCACCAGGGUCAACCCCCCCACAGUGACCCCCCACCGUGACCCCCACACACACACCCACACACACACCCACACACGCAGUGUCAGACCGACAGAGACACAGCGAUGCCCGGAAUCGACAGACUCCCCGUGGAGGAGGCCCUGGAGGACAGUCCACAGACACGCUCACUGCUGGGAGUGUUUGAGGAAGAUGCUGCCGCCAUCUCAAAUUAUACCAACCAGCUGUACAAGGCCAUGAAAAGAAUUUAUGAUGCUCAGAAUGAAUUAAGUGCAGCAACACACUUGACCUCCAAACUGCUAAAGGAGUACGAGAAACAGUGCUUUCCUUUGGGUGGUGAUGAUGAGGUCAUGACCUCCACACUGCAGCAGUUUUCUCAAGUGAUAGAUGAAUUGAGUUCCUGCCAUGCAGUCCUUUCAACGCAAUUAGCUGAUGCCAUGAUGUUCCCCAUCAGACAAUUCAAGGAGAAGGAUAUAAAAGAAAUGCUAACUCUAAAGGAAGUCUUUGCUAUAGCAAGUAAUGACCAUGACAUAGCUAUCAACAAAUACAGUAGACUUUCCAAACGCAGAGAAAAUGAAAAGAUAAAACUAGAGGCGUCAGAGGACCUGUAUACCUCUAGGAAAAAGCAGCACCAAACCAUGAUGCACUAUUUUUGUGCAUUGAAUACAUUACAAUAUAAGAAAAAGAUGACGCUGCUCGAACCUCUCCUAGGAUAUAUGCAAGCACAGAUAAGUUUCUUCAAGAUGGGCACUGAAAAUAUGACUGCACAGUUAGAGGAGUUUCUUUCAAAUAUUGGCACCAGUGUCCAGGGUGUCCGAAGGGAAAUGGAGUCUGAAGUGGACAGCAUGCAGCAGACGAUUGAGGACUUGGAAAUUGCCAGCGAUGCUUUAUAUCUGCCCGACUCAGGCCCUCAAACAGUCAGUGUUAAUAGGAACCUGACUCGAAAGACUGGUUAUCUUAAUACAAGGAAUAAAACGAGUUUGGUGUCGUCGACCUGGGAGAGACAUUACUACUUUACUCAGGGAGGGAACCUGAUGAGACAGGCCCGAGGGGAGGUCGCAGGAGGACUGGUCAUGGACCUGGAUAACAACACGGUUAUGGCUGUGGAUUGUGAGGAUCGAAGAUACUGUUUUCAAAUCACCGCCUUUGAUGGGAAAAAGACUGCUAUCUUACAAGCAGAAAGUAAACAAGACUGUGAGGAGUGGAUCACAACAAUCAAUAACAUCUCCAGGCGGAUCUACUUGAGUGAGAAUCCGGAAGAAUUGGCUGCUCGAGUAAACCAGUCUGCUUUGGAGGCCGUCACACCUUCCCCUUCAUUUCAGCAGAGACACGAAAGUCUGAAGCCCAUACCCCAAAGCAGACAUCGCACUUCCCGAUCAAACAGCUCGAACUCCCUGGGGUCAGAAUCGGCUGUCCUCUCUUCAGUGUCUCUGGACUCUAUCGUUGCCCCAGACACACCCAUUCAGUUUGACAUCAUUUCUCCAGUCAGUGAAGACCUAUCCAACCAAUCAAAGAAUUCAGGACAAGGUGCAAGACGGACAAACCCAUUUGGAGAAUCUGGUGAGACAAAAGCAGAGGAACCUGAAGAAUCCAUUCUUCAUCAGCUGUUUAUAGUGAGGUUUCUUGGUUCAAUGGAAGUCAAAACAGAUGAAAACUCAGACGUCAUUUAUGAAACAAUGCGUCAGAUCCUCGCAGCUCGGGCCAUCCACAACAUCUUCCGCAUGACAGAAUCCCACUUACUCGUCACCUGUGACUGUCUGAAGUUGAUUGAUCCACAGACUCAAGUCACACGGUUAAGGUUCCCAUUGCAAAAUGUGGUGCUCUGUGCAACGCACACAGAGAACAAACGCCUCUUUGGGUUUGUGUUGCGUACGGCAGGAAGCAGAACAGAAGGGCGAGCAGUCUCCGUCUGCUAUGUGUUUGAGUCAAACAACGAAGGAGAAAAGAUCUGUGAUUCUGUCGGACUGGCCAAACAGAUUGCUUUUCAUUCAGAAAUGGAUCGACGAGCCACAGAAAAGCAAAAGGAAAUUGACCGAGAAAAGGAAAGGCAAUUAAAGGAACUUGAUAAACAAAAACAGAUUGAGAAGGAUUUAGAAAAGCAAAGUCGCCUCAUCGCUGCUUCCAAUCGACCAAAUCCAGGUGAGGGACAGGUGCUCGUGCUGAGCAGCAGCCAAUCAGAAGACAGUGAUGCAGGGGACGAUGGGAAGAAGAAAAGAGAAUCAGAAGCCUGAGCUCGUGACAGUCAUUCGUCAAUCAACUCAGCAUAAAGUGAGGGCAGUUUAAAUAUAAAGUGAGGGCUGCAGAGUUUAAACAAAUUGGAUCGCCAUAAAAUUGAAUCUCAAAAAUAAGCUUUUGUAUGUUUUAGACAACUUAAACAUGAUCAAAAUGUUCAUAAAAUUGUGAAUUUCACUGAACUAUUUUCCUAACCUAUUAAUGUUUCCUUGUUUAAUAGUAGGCCUACCAGUAGUGAGGGAAAGAAUGGAAAAAACGGUUUUAAUAUCAGAUUAGAAUUAAUGCAUUAUUAUCUUUAUUCUUUUUAGUACAGGGCUAUCAUUUCUGGAUAAAGAGAAAGCAAACAUCUUUCCAUUAAUUCUAAAUGUUAUAUGCUUCAUCCUAACACAUGUGUCUAUAUUAUAUAUAACUAAAUUAGCAUGCCUAUCCUGCUUUAAUAUAGCAGACUGACCUGGUACAUAUCUUUGAUCAAACCACUUAUGCAUAAAGCAAAGCGUAUGUGUAUUUUAUAAAUAAAUUGUAUAAAAGGAAUUUCAAUUGCUGUAGCUACAUCAGUUAUCCAACUGAUUAGGCUGCAGUGCAAUAUAAACUGUCUCACUACAUGGUGGUUUAUGUGCGGCAAUAUCCUGACCAAUUAAUCAAACCAGAAGAAACUGAUUAACAAGUUGGCACUGAGUCACUAUGGGGUGUAUUGUAGCCUCUGGGGUUACCCAAGAACAGAAGAUGGGUGUUUGGCUCACUGCUCCUGCUCUGUCAUUUGUAUUAUACGACAGCUGUUUAUAUUUCUAAUACAGACACCCUUCUCCCCACUUCUUUCACUGCUUUACCUCCUAACUUUCCAACUAUCUUUUAACCACUUCAGUUGAUAUUGACUUUCUGUUCAGUGCCUUUCACAUUCUCCCUAUCUUUUGUAGGAAGAAACGUUUCUGCUUUAACUGAUUGAACACUAAUCUUAUUAUGUACUUUAUCAAAUUUGGUGACAGUGCAAUGAAUCAGGUUUCCAGUUAACUUUGUUUAUAGCAAAGCAUAAUAAAGACACAAAGUGAUGUGGUUUUAUUGGAGAUAUUUGCAACAUUUGUUUGUUACCAAAUGUACGCCACUUGUUGCAAUAAAGUCUUAACUCAUUUCCCAAAUACUGUGGAAACAUUGUUGAAUUUUAUAUAAAUGUAAUAGAACUUUUUUUUAUCAUUGAACAGCAUUGUACUUAUUGUGAAGUUGUUUUCCUAGUACCACUUUUACUUACACAUAAGUACAAUUAAGGCUUAAUUUAGACCCAAGUAUCUGUGGUGCUAAACUUGCUGAUUUAUUUCAAAAUAAAUUGUUUUGAUCAGAAAAGCAAGGUAGUAUUUUGCAUAUAUUACAAUAGAAGUGUUCAAUUGAAGGGAAGAACUUGAAGACCACUGAUCUUUGUUUAAUAAUAGUAUUUCCCUGAAAUCUUUUAAUCAACAGGUUUUUGUGAUAACUGCAAUUUUUUUUGAAUGAACACCCAUCUUAAUGCCACAACAUUGUUUAGAUCCAGGCAGCUUUCUUUAGUUCUUAAAUAAAUAGUACAUUACAGACAACACAGGGGUCUGAACUGCAAGGAAGAUGUAGGAGAAGUGGUUACAAAGAGAGGUUUUUAAAACCGGUUUUGAAAGAGAGAGAAUGAGAGUGACAGAGAAUUCCAUAAAAUGGGGACAAAGUGCCUGGACCUGAGCAGAAUAGCCUGAGUUUUGUCAACAUUUAGUCUGGUCAGAAUCCAAGUAGAAGAUUUCAACAGAAGGAAAAUGCAAGGAGGAAGAAUUUCAUUUUGUAUUUGAAACUUGGGAGGAACAAGAAGAGAUUCAGAAGAGCAAAAUAACAAUAAAUGGACAGAGGAUUAAUCUUUACCAGCUCAAAGCAUACGACCUUAAAAAGAAUGGGAUGGAGACAGAAUAUCAGAUUAUAUAUGGAGGAAAUGUGAAACUAAGUGUCCACAGAAUAACCAAUCUAUUUUAAGAAUUAAGAUUGUAAAUCUGGAAUUAAGUGUAAUGGUGUAAGGAACAGUGGAAUAAUGUACAUUGUAUUGUAAGGUAUGUUGCAUAUUGGAACUGUGGUGGCCUCAUCAUUCAGCUUCGGGAUUUUUUAAAAAACGACUCAUUCCACCAACUGGAUAUUUCUUUCCUACAACAUCCAAGUGAAAAUCUGAAACCAGUUUGGGUAAUUGCAAAUACGUGGGACCUGGUGAAAUUGGAUAAAUAACUCAUCACAGAAAUCUGACCUGGUUGUCAAAUGAGGAUACAAAGGGAAAUGGUUAAUUCAGGAAUAAAAUCAGUCUCAUCUCCACAUCUGUUUCGAGGUGUAAUAAAUUGAAGGAGCAUCUCUGUACAAUUCUGUUUUACUAGAGGUCGGAUAGCAAUUGACUAUUUAAAACAGUUACCAGUUAAGAACUUUAUUUUUAAUUGUUUAUCUUUAACUAUUUUUAAUCAUCGUGCUUAAUCUUUGUUUAAUUCUAUGCAAAUGUGUUUCUGAUUCUUGAAUAUAAUUUGAUUAACUAUACUGUAUUUCAAUUAUGUAAAAUGUAAGACUUGUAUAUACAAAUUAAUGUCCAAUCAACAAUAAAUAACUAUUGUGGAAAAUAA